AUGUCUACCACAACAGGCGGCACGCUGACGGUCCCGACUGUCACGACACCGACACCCUCCGCACUGUCGCAGAUCAAGCCACCGGAGUUCUCACGUUACAAGCCCAGGACUUGGUUCAUACAGCAGGAGGCCCAAUUCCGCAAUUACGGAAUUGUAACAGAAACAGAUAAGUUUUACCGAACAUUACCAUUAAUUGAAACAGAAUCAGCUGCUGAAGUAGAGGAUGUAGUUAUUACCCCCGAUCAAGUCGCACCUUUCCAAGUUCUCAGAAACGUUCUGAUUGCUCGAUUUACAAAGUCAAAGAAAGUAAAUCUUAUCCUAUUCCUUGAUCGGGAGUCGAUUGGAAAUCGAUUACCCUCUCAAUAUCUAAGACAUUUGAAAGGUUUAGUUCCAGAUAUCGAUGAUGAAGUCUUGAGGGCACGCCGGCUCUCUCAUCUUCCGGAGAGCAUCCAAGCAUGUUUGGUGAUCCAGCCCCAGGUAAACACCGAUGACCUAGCUAAGCACGCAGACAAGAUCCACGAGGUCUAUCAUCCAGAUACUGUUGCGGCGGUAACAAAGUCGAGUGCAAGGAAAAACGCACAGCUAGCAGCUGAGUUCGCUGCACUCACCGCGUUUGUCGCAGCCCGGCAAGCACGGAACUCGCGCUCACAUCAACGCUCAUGUGCCCUCUCGCGAUCCCGCAGGCGAGACAACAACCGCCCGCGUAGCAGGUCGAAUACCAAGGUCUUCGGACAAACGCAGUCCUGCUGGUACCAUUUAAAAUUUGAAAAACUCCAGGGAGAGACAAUAGUGGCGGAAGUCAUCUCUCACUUGACAUCCCGCCGCCUAUUCAUCACCGACAGAACGACUGGGACCCGAUACCUAGUGGACACAGGCUCAGACGUCUCUGUCACGCCUUGCAGGCGGCCAGCAAACCAAAGGGACACCAGCGGCUAUCAACUUUUCGCAGCCAACGGCACUUUCAUCGACACGUAUGGCUACACGUCCAUCUCGCCCAAUCUCGGCCUCCGCAGAGACUUAACGCGGCGUUUCGUCGAGGCAGAUGUCAGCAAACUCAUCACUGGUGCUGAUUUCCUGCACCACUUCAAUCUGUUGCCGGAUUUGAGGAGCGAGUGCCUAAUCGACAGCUCAACAGGCCUAGAAUUGAAUGGCCAGUUUACGCGUUACCGCGCACUGUCUGUUAAGCUACUCGAGAUCAACGGAGAUUCACCGUACGCGUCCAUCCUGAAAGAAUUCCUGGCAAUAACGAAACCAGAGGGACUGCUCAGAAACACUGAGCACUCUACUCUCCACCACUUUAGAAGGACACCGGGACCGCCUAUCUCCUGCAGAGUGCGCCGUUUGGCGCCAGAUCAACUCAAAAUCGCGCAUGCUGAAUUUUCGAGCAUGUUAAAACUGGGAACUGCAAGGAGAUGUGAAAGUUCUUGGACAUCUCCGCUCCAUUUGGCCCCGAAAAAGAACGGCGAAUGGAGACCAUGCGGAGAUUACAGCGCACUCAACGACAGAACUAUAUCAGAUAAGUACCCUGUUCGUUAUUUAGAGGAUUUUGCUGCCAACUUGUACGGCAAAAUAAUUUUUUCUACCAUAGAUCUGGUCAAAGUGUUUAAUCAAAUUCCAAUUGAACCUGAGGACAUCCAAAAGACCGCGAUAAUCACGCCUUUUGGACUUUUUGAAUUUCCGUACAUGACUUUCGGCCUCAGGAACGCGGCUCAAGCCUUUCAACGCCUAAUAGAUGAAGUGACACGCGAUCUACUAUUUCUGUUUCCAUACAUAGAUGACAUUUUGGUAGCAUCGGACAAAGAAGAAAAACAUCUCGAAUACCUGAGAAUACUUCUUCAACGCCUACAGGACUACGGAUUGAUAGUAAACGUCGCCAAAUCAGUCCUGGAGCAGCCAGAGGUCAUUUUCCUUGGACACACGAUCAACGCCCAGGGAAUUAAGCCUCCCAGAGAUCGAGUCAACGUGUUUCGCGAAUUCACGAGGCCUACUACUGUAAAAGCACUGCGCAGGUACCUCGGUACUUUAAAUUUCUACCGGAAGUUCAUCAAGAGAGCAGCAGAAAUUCUCGCCCCACUGAACGCGGCAACCCAGGGUCUAAACAUCAAAGGAAAGCAUCCAGUGACCUGGACUCCAGCCCUUGAAGAAGCCUUCACGCGCAGCAAACAGGCUCUGGCAGAGGCCACUCUGUUGUCUCAUCCAAAGAUUGAAGCAGAGUGGGCCAUUUUCACAGAUGCGUCAGAUCACGCGAUUGAAAUUUCUUCGCAGAAACACGCGUCUUACGACAGGGAGCUGCAGGCGAUCUACGAAGCGGUACUGCACUUCAGACACAUCGUUGAAGGCCGUCAUAUGAUAAUUUUCACUGACCAUAAACCGCUGACUCACGCGUUCAAGCAAAAACCUGAACGAGCUUCACCCUGGCAAUACCGAAGAUUGGACUACAUCGCCCAAUUCUCUACGGACAUCCGGUACAGUGCGCCCAUAUGUGCCUGCCCAGCUGAGACACUAAGUAUUCAACGCGCUGCACCCGAUGGCUCAUCCUGGAUGCAGAGUUUCACGGAAACUCGUCACGCAACGCUACGUCUGGCCCAGCAUGGAUACAGACUGCUCUGA